GCUUUUGCUCUCUGUCAUCGCUGCGAUAAGAUGCGACACAGAAACGAGGCCGCUGUUGCUGUGUUUUUUUGGAAAUGGCUGUCUGAGAGAAGACAACCUGCGAGCAGGUGAAGUGCUCUUCAAAUAGCUCAGACUUGCUAAGCAAAAGGGCCUGGGAGAAAAGCAAAAUGCAGAACCCACCAGUCAAAAAAGAGGCAGACAAAACGGCAGCGCCAUCUGCAGAUCUCUGGGAAGACAGGGAUGUCCGCUUUGAUAUAACAUUGAACCAAAUGAAGAACAGACCUGGCGAGGUAGUUAUUGAUAGACUGGAUUCUGUAGAAGAUACUAAAGGAAACAAUGGUGAUAGAGGAAAAAUGAUUGUUACAAACCUCAGGAUAAUUUGGCAUUCAAUGGCAAUGCCUAGAGUUAAUCUGUCCAUCGGUUAUAACUGUGUGUUGGAUGCCAGUGUAAAGACAGCUGUCUCUAAACUUAAAGGCCAAACUGAGGCACUGUACAUGUUAACUCGAUGCAACAACACAAGAUUUGAGUUUAUAUUUACCAGCCUGGUUCCUGGAAGUCUGCGGCUGUUCUCUACAGUACUAGCAGUAUUUCGGGCUUAUGAAACUACAAAGAUGUACAGGGAAUUGAAACUGAGAGGUGCCUUGAUCUAUAAUAAGCAGCUUCGGUUGCUGCCAUUGGAACAGGUCUAUGACAAGGUUAAUGGUGUGUGGAAUUUAUCAAGUGAUCAGGGAAACUUGGGGACAUUUUAUAUCACAAACGUUCGAUUGGUCUGGCAUGCAAAUAUGAACGACAGCUUUAAUGUCAGCAUACCCUAUCUGCAAAUGAAAUCUGUCAAAGUAAGAGACUCGAAAUUUGGCCUUGCACUUGUGUUGGAGACCACGCAGCAAAGUGGUGGAUAUGUCCUUGGUUUUCGUGUCGAUCCAUUUGAGAAACUGCAGGAUACAGUUAAGGAAAUACAAAAUCUGUACCGUGUAUACAGUGCAUGCCCAAUCUUUGGAAUUGAGUUUGAAACGGAUGACAAGCCGCAGACCUUGGAAGACAUAACAGUUGACCCGGUUGAAGAUGAUGUGGAAAUUGUGGACGAAGGAAGCACAUCUGACGCAUUCGCGGCAUACUUUGCAGAUGCAAACAAGGAGAAAGACAGAGAACCCGUCUACAGUCCACAGCUCGGGUUAGCGAUCGAGAAGUUGAAGGAUGGCAUUACGUUAUCUAGCCUCUGGGAGGUGAUGCCAAGUGCAUGAGUGAGCAGAUUGCUUGACUAUUUGUCUGACAGCAAUGACAUUUUAUUAAGUUAAUAGAAAGUUUAUUGUACAUACGGGCACUUAAAAGGAAAUCGAAAUCAUUUAACGAGUUUUGAGUAUUGGUUUAUUAAAGGUUGUAGAUAGUACAGUAUUUAAUAUCACACAUUUCCCUAGAAAUAUACGUUACAGAUUGGCCAGGCCUCGUAAAACAUAGAUUAUAAGUCACUUGCAUAAGAAAUAUUCCAUUUAUUUUUAAGGAAAGAUUUCCAUAAUUGAACAGAUGAUAAUACUUUAAAACACGAACUUUCCUAUUAUAGCACAGUAUCGAAACGCUAGCACAGUAACCCCCUCCCCCACCAACACCCCCAAACGUAUAAAGGAUUUCAGUCAUGGGAUUCAAGAAAAUGGUCGAUCCAACAUAACUCGCUAUUUGUCAACUAUCUGGCACAUUUCAGCCGCUAGCAAAAUAAUACGUUUGCUUGCAAGUGCCCUACCAUACAAAAAACUCGGUCUUUAAAUAUUUCUAACCCUUUACUUCUGACGGAAUUCUGAUGCCAACAUUAAAAUAACCUAUUUUGAAGGGCAGACCGGAAAUUGGUAAAAGGAGGUCAGCAUGAAUCGUAACUUUGUGUAGAUUAACGUGCAGCUUUUGAGAUAAUUUGCUUAUAUUAUAAAAAAAUAGCACUGUGUAUAAUAGCUAAAAGUCUUUAAGUAAGGUUCCUGUUAAUUCGAACUUCUCUUUUGUUAAAAAGUUA